AUGAGAUUCAUUACAUGUAUUUCGUUAUUCUGGGUUUGGUACUCCUUCGUGCGAUCACAAAAUUAUACUUGGCCUAUGUACAAUGUCUCUUUUGAUUGUAUUGUGGGAAUAGCGACUGCAUCGGGUUCGCCUCUCAGUCAGGGUACCCUCGUAACAGUAAAGACGAUCAUUACCUCAGCCAACCCGUUGAAUUCGUACAUCGACAACAAAAGUUCAAUCAAAGUUCUCGCAGUUAACCAGAAAUUUAACGUGACUAGAUCCCUAUCCAUAGCGAAGAUAGAAGGCAACCAAGUUAAUAGGAAAAGCGUUUGGGUACAAACCGGCGAUGACGACAGAAACUCGCCCAUACACGAUAUUGUACUUAUUAUUUUAACUGAAGCUGUUGUGUUCUCAUACGGGAGAGGACCUAAAUUUGGAAAGCUAAUUUUCUCUGAUGAAAAUUUGGACAGCAAUUUGCCGAUCACUGGAUGGAUCACGGCUGGAUUUGGUUACACCGACAUAAAGCAUAUUACAAAGAAUUUAAAUUUAGAAAUAACAAAUCUCGAAGGUAGCACGGUGGAUUGCGACGAAUGGUUUCCGCGAGAUUGGGGCCAUUUUAUUUGUAUAAGUAAUGACGAAAACCUUCCCGCUGUGCCAUCCGGCGGUCCACUUUUUCAUACCGAAACUGAAAGAGUCGUACUGGGCAUCGGAUGUUUCUCCAUGAGAAAGGGUAACGAGAGCAUUCUCGUUUUUACAAAUUUCAGGCCAUACCGAUUCGGACUAAGAGGUUUCGUGCACAAGCCUACAACGACAGAAAAAAACAUCAAAAUGAUUUUACCAAUAGAUGAAAAAAGGAAAACACGUAUAUCGUAUUUUAUGAAUAAUAGCGCUUAA